AUUUCGAUUCCUGAAAAAUGAAAAUAAAAUGCCGCCCAAACCCACGUUUGAAAUCUCCAUAUUUUCGGCUUUUCGCCAUUAUCGUAGAGCUCUCUCUCUCUUUAUCAGCCAGGCCGAGCCGCUUCACUUAAUCACUUCCUGUUCCCAGUCCAUUUUACAUUCAUCAAUCAAGGGUUUGACACAAUGCCGGAAGCCAGAGAUCGAUUGUCGAGGCCUGUGGAUGUCGCCGAGGUUUACCGAAGGCGAGUGACAGGAAUUGGGGGAGGAAGGGACAUGGACGGGGGCGGAAUCGUUCUUAUUGUUAGAGAUGACGCGGACGAUCUCGGCGUCGGAAGUCCGUUCAGGUGGGGCGCUACUGGACUCACCGGGGCUGUCGGAGCAGGAAGUCCGGCGGCGGCGGCGGCGGCGGCAGGUGGCGUUGGGACUCCGAUUGGGAGAUCUCCUUUUAGGGCGAGACGUGGGCGCGGAUCGUCUGCCAGGGUGAUUGGUCGAGAGAACAUUUCUUCACACACAGGCCGGCGGCCAGUCCGAGCUCGCGGUAGCGCCUUGCCGUCAUGGUACCCUCGGAGGCCAUUACAAGAUAUUACCUAUAUCACAAGGGCCUACCAAAGGAGAAGAGAGCGCUUGAGAGAAGGAGAAGAGGGAGUAGAACCAGGGACACCAUUGCUCCGGGAUCAGACUGCUCUUCCUACAGUAGCAACUCCAAGUGCUCAGCUUGAGCACAAUCCUAUUACUCCUUUUCCAACCCUGAGAAGCAGACUGUGUCCUCCUCCUGUUGACAAACUGCCCAAGAUUUUGAAUGAGGAUCAGAAUGCUCAAGAUUGGGAGUUUUUGACACCCGAGAAGAAGCUCCUCAACUCCAUAGACACAGUGGAGAGAGUAUUCAAGGAGGAGCUUCAAAAGCUACAAAGGACUCCCAGUGCCAAGAAGGCUGAAAGGGAGAAGAGGGUGAAGACUCUCAUGUCCAUGCGCUGAUUUGUACCAUCUACCUGCACUUGUUUUGCCUCAAUCAAGAUUGAGGCACAAAGGGUUUUGGAGGAAGGAAAGAAGGAUGAGCAGCUAAAUUCGGGGCAUGAUUGAUCAUCUUCUUUAUGAUCAAUCUCUGGGUUAAAAUCUGUUCUGUUGGUUUUUUUUUUUAUAAUACUGGUGUAAAUUACAAUGAUAUUGACCACUUAGCAAUUUAUGAGUUUUCCUUAUUAUUCAUGCUUUCUAGAUUUUUCUUUCUUCUUAUUGAACUCCUUUAAGCAUGUUUAGCCUUUAGCAGACUCUUGAAUAGGUAUAAUAGAAGGCUAGUUGCAGCAAAUUCUCUCCCUUGAUAGUAGUUUGCUAGCAUAUGUGUACUAAUUGAAUCAACGUUACGUAAACUGGUAUUGGACUUGUUCUAA